AUGAGGCACGGUGGAAAAGAUCACAUAAAAUGGGUGGCGUUGACAACGAUAACAAUCGUUGUCCUCGUCGUUGAUGCGACCGUGAAUCUUGAAAGAGGCGAAUCUGUGGCUUGCGAAAAAACGGCUAAACAAGAUUUUAGAGAGAAUUUUAGUAGGAAAGUUUUUUACGUCGGUGAUCAAGUGUGGAGAAUCUACAAGCACAAUGAUUCAGUAAAUGAUUUGGUGGAGCAACACGAUCAAAACGCAUAUCAAAUAUGGUCGAACCAUCCAUUGACAGUCGAUAUUUUCGUUCGAAGCCAGAUGCUUUAUAAUGUCGAUUUACUAUUGAACAAUUGCAGAAUAAAAUAUGACGUUUUGAUCAAAGAUGUGCAAAAAGCGAUCGAUGACGGGAAUGUUCGACUUACAACCGCAAUGCAAACAGAACUUGAAGGACGCAAAGGUCAUCGUAUGGAAUGGACCAGCUACCAUGAUAUAAAUGACAUUUAUGGUUACUUGGAUUAUCUCGCGAACACUUAUCCUGAUGUCUGCUCCGUUCAAUCCAUCGGUAAUUCCAUUGAAGGACAGCCCCUCAAGGUUCUAAGGAUUAGUAAUGGUAAGACGGAAAAUACACCUGCGAUAUGGAUUGAUGGUGGCAUACAUGCCAGGGAAUGGAUCUCACCAGCAGCUGUGACUUAUGUCAUUGAUAAUCUGGUUGAAAAUAGCGAUGUUUUACAAACAGACUAUUACAUUCUGCCAGUUGCCAAUCCAGAUGGCUACAGAUAUACCUUCCUAUACGAUCGUUUAUGGAGGAAGAAUAGAAGGAAAGGCACUGUUUGCUCGGGCGUAGAUUUAAACAGAAAUUUUGGUUAUCGUUGGGGUGGAAAGGGAACUAGCAGUAACAUGUGCUAUGAGACAUACAGAGGUUCUAAAGCAUUCUCCGAGCCAGAAACUAACGCUAUUCGAAAUUUCUUCGAGAACAGUUUAGCAAAUUUCAAGGCAUAUAUAUCGUUUCAUUCAUAUGGCCAAUACAUUUUGUAUCCGUGGGGAUAUGAUCAGCGUUUGCCGCCUGAUUACCGAGAUCUUGAUGCGGCAGGGCUUGAAGCAGCUAGAUAUAUGAAGUACGAAGGAGGCGAUAAUACAGAGUACACCGUAGGAAAUAGCGCGAUAACGUUGUAUCCUGCUGCUGGCGGUUCUGAUGAUUGGGCUAAAGCUCUGCUCAAGAUCAAGUAUGCAUAUACAAUCGAACUGCGGGACACUGGACGACACGGCUUCCUACUGCCACCUCAGUAUAUUAUUCCGACAGCCAAGGAAGCACUGGCCGCAGUAAAAGUAAUCACGGGUACUAUCAGGAAAUAGUAAAUAAAUUGUUAAAUAUACAUUUGUAAAAUAUAUUUGAUUGGAGAAUUUGACUAGGGAAGUGAGUCUUUCAACUAUUUGCCUUGCUACUGUAUUUUAUAAA